CCAGUUCGGUUGUCUAACUUUCUCCGUGUCCCAGGAUCUCGGGGCCAAUAAGAUACCUUCAAAAGCUUGUCUUGAAGAUCUGAUGCAGUAGCACCCCAGUGGCAAACUAGUCCAGAACCCAGGUGCUUGCUUGUGCUGUCUGUCAGUAAGUCUGACCUGCCUAUUCUGCAUCGGUGGUUAGACCUCCCACUACUCUUCAUACCGAGUAAAGCGAGUUAUUACAGAGCUUUCGGCCUCAGCCAUAAGCUUGACGCAAUACAUGUUUAUUUUAAAUGUCCGCGGAUUGCGUGGACUUUCUUUGCCUUUCAUAUAUUAACCACAUGUCACUCGAUGUCAUUCUUCUUCCACUUGCCCCCUUAUCAUCCUUUACCAGGCAAUAUGCAGCAAGUUGUACGCAUGAUCGGCUCUUUGGUAGCUGCCGGCCUGUUUCCAGCCGUCAUGGCAGCACCAGCUCCUCAGAUGAAUUAUGGAGAAAAUACUGGGGCCGUGGGUGGCGUUGAUCCCCCUUCUCCUACCGUGACUACAACAUCUGGAUCUCUCUAUGGGCCAUCAGAUCUACUCGGAGAGAUUGCUAAGCCAUCACCCAUCUCUGGCGGUGAUUCAGCUUUUGUUUCGGAUGCACCUCUUGUCAAUGGACAAGAAGCAGAUUCCGACCUUGGACUGUAUCUAGAUUUUAACAGCGUUGAGAACCCCCAGCCUCUCAGGGGCACGGGUGGCCAAACCGACCCAGGUCCAAGGACUUAUGAGUAUGAGAAGUUGAACCCAGAUAUCUUUGCUCCCCCUGGAACAGACUCAGGUGAUGUCCCACAGGCUCAGUGGCCACUGGGCCUCAGCCAUAAUCGAUUUGGUACUGGGAAGCAGUCGGGCUGGGCGAGACAACAGAACACCGAUCAAUUGCCAGCGGCAACAGAGAUGGCGGGCGUAGAUAUGCGCCUCGCUCCCCAUGCUUAUCGAGAACUUCAUUGGCACUCGGCAAACGAGUGGUCCUUGAUGCUCAAAGGCAGUGUGAGGCUCUCUGCUGUAAAUGAAAACGGCGAGACAUUCAUAGACGACAUUAGCGCUGGUGAUGUGUGGUUCUUUCCUGCUGGGGUGCCGCAUAGCAUAGUAAGAUAUACUCUUGUUUCAUAUUCACCCGGGGAGUUGAGUGUCCAAAAAUCUUCCCAGGAGCCGCCAAUCAAAGAAUACCUUGUCGAUCUCUUUAGAAGAGCUGGCGUCAGAUCUCUCUGUCAAGAAUCUAUACUAAAAAAAUUCUAGCAAGCUUUAGAUGAAGGAUGCGAGUUCCUGCUUGUCUUUGACCAAGGUGAUUUCUCUGAGGAUGGCACCUCGCUCAUCUCCGAAAUGUUCCUUCGAAAUCCGAAAGAAGUGCUUUCCAAGGAUUUACAAACACCAGUAUCAGCGUUCGAUAACCUUCCGACUGAUCAGCUCUACAUUUUCACUGGUACACCUGCGCCAGCUAAUAUUUCGGAGC